GAAGAGGCGUACGAACCAUGCACACGUGCAUGUUCUCCAUUUCUUUGUAACCUUAGUCCACUAAAAUUCUCCAUUUUCCUUCCGACCCUUUCUCUCAAUUUUCCGUCUUUCUCCCACUUCUUCAUCCAAAUGGACAGCCAAAAUACAGCAACCAAAACCGACGCACAAAUUUGCAUAGUUGGUGAUUGUACCAACUUCCAAUCGAAAGUGGAACUGCAAUUUUAUUUCCACUCGCUAGGUGUUACCGAGUGUCACUUUCCAAUGGAUAACGUUCGCCGCAUAAUUUACGAACAUUUUCGCAUCACAAAUCCUCUCGGCCUACUUUCUGCGUUCUACAGAAACUUUGACAAAUCUCACGUGGCUCGUUUAUGCGUACACAUUGUUAUCAUUGACCGGAAGCCUCUCCAUACAAUCCAGCAGCUGUCUGGAUGCUUCAUUUCAAAUUUGACUGCCGGUUGUUAA